AUGGAAGACGAGCACCCCCUCUCACCUCCAGCAGCCCCACCUCAUCACCCUCCCCAAGACAACGACAACAACAACAAAAGCCCUGACUCAACCACCGCCUCCACCGCCACAACGCCAACAGAAACCAACAACAAAAAGUGCAAGGGCAAGGGAGGCCCCGACAACAACAAGUUCAGGUACCGCGGCGUGCGCCAGCGCAGUUGGGGGAAAUGGGUGGCCGAGAUCCGCGAACCUCGUAAGCGGACGCGGAAGUGGCUUGGCACCUUCGCUACAGCCGAGGACGCCGCCCGGGCCUACGACCGGGCCGCCAUCAUCCUCUACGGUUCCAGGGCCCAGCUCAACCUCCAGCCCUCCGGUUCCAACUCUCAAUCGUCCACGCGUGGCUCCUCUUCCUCAUCCUCCUCCUGUAACUCCUCCACCCAAACCCUAAGACCUCUGCUUCCUCGCCCCUCAGGGUUCGGCCUUACCCUCCCUUUCCCCUCAUCCGCCCACCCGGUCCCGCUCAUGGCAUCAGGGUUCGUUCCGUAUGGUGUUGGUGUCGGAGUUUACCCUAGCGUUGCUGCUGCUGCUACAUCGUCCGUACAGCUGAGUCAGCAUCAUCCUCAUCAUAUUAAUAUGAGAGACCAAGAUAAUCUUCAAAAUAAUCCAUUAUUGCACCAACAACAACAACAGCAGCAGCAGCAGCAUCUUGUGGUGCAACAAUUUCAUCAUCAGUACCCGGUAUCUGGCGGUGGCGGUGGUGACACGUCAACCUCAUAUCAAAAUACAAACCCUAGCCAUGAUCAAAACAAACAACUACUUCAUCAUACUCAAAACAAUCAGGCCGAUUCUUGUUCGUUCGAUGACGGGAAUUCGAUUAUGGGCUCCGGGUUGUCUCUGUCGUCUUCGCAACCCAUGCCCGUUGCACCGGGGUGCUCGGAUCCGAUGGGCGGAGUGGGACCCAUGUCUAGUGAUAAAGUGGUGAUAAAGGGUCUUUGGGACUAUGGUGAUCCUUUCUUUUUGGAUUUUAAAGGAUUUGAUUCCUGA